AUGCCCCGCGGCUCGCACGUCGGCACCCGUAUUUUCAGUGCUCUGGACCAAAGAUUGCAGCCAGCGCUGCGGACGCGGACGUGUUGCGCAUCCUUUUCCGUGUCGUCUUUGGUUGCCGCUUCCCGCCGCUGGUGCUCAACUGGGUCGUUGUCCAGUAACGCUUCAAACCCCCGCCAUUCACAGGCAAAGACACCGUCGACGGACCCAUCAGCCGUAGCGUCCACUAGCCUCGCUGCACACCACGAUGCCACCGCCUCUGCCACAUCAGUGGAGGAGCAGCUCAAGAUGCUCUCUCCGGAAGACCAAGAGCACAUUAUUGCCGCCUUGAACGCACCGGAGAAUGAGAAGAGCUCCGUCAUGGGCGGCACAGGUAUCGGCCCAGCUAAUGGUGACAUGGUGGCAGCUUUUACCUGCGGUCCGUGUGACUACCGCAUGGUCAAGCGCUUCAGCAAGCAUGCCUAUACCAAGGGCAUUGUCAUUGUAGAGUGCCCCAACUGCCGCUCGAAGCACCUGCUGGCCGACAACCUUGGCUGGAUGGAAGACACGGCCACCAACAUCGAGGACAUCUUGAAGGCUAAGGGCGAGAGCUUCGUCCGCAUUGGGGAAACAGAGGGCGACUACCAGGUGGUGGCGGACCCAGCAGUGGGUGCAUCCUCUCCGUGA